GAGAGUUUUUUCAGUAAACAUCAUUUCCAUAAAAUCUACCUUUCCCCUGAAACUGAACUGGUUAACAAGCAAAGAGCUAGCGAUUGGGUUUUUGAAUUAGUCAUCUUCCAACCGUUGUGGUAGACGGAAGCAAAGACACAAGAAAUUGGCAAAAUGGACACGAACUAUCUUCUUUUGUUGCAAUUGAUUUUGCUGUCGUGGGCAAAGUGGUUACAGGCCUUGCCUUUGGAUGGCCACGACAAUGAUAUGUUGAAUGAAAUUUUCAUUGAUUUGGAUGAUGACUCGGAUUUGUGGAAGAAACAAAAUGCAUUCUAUGAGCUGAAAAAUUCACCAAAGGAAACGGAACCUAUUGAUUUUGUCAUAACCGGUGAUAUUGAGCCACCAAAAACAAAGGAACCCAAUGAUAUAGCCUCUGAAAUGAAAACAACAACAGAUGGGCCCAUAGCCAAGACAACUGAAGGUGAUGGCUUGGGCAUUAAGUUAUUAGAGGAUAUUACCAAGACAGCUGAUAAAGGUUUGGAUAAAUUGAAAGAUGUUAGCAAAUCUGUUGUGGAUACUGUAUUGAAUGGUUUAAGUACAACAACUCCGGCAAGUACCUCAACGAGUACCACCACAACAACUCAAAAACCCAAACGGAAAACUAGCUUUUGGCAAAGUUUAAAAUCGAUUAUUUGCAAUGAUUUCGAUUUGAAUAAAUCGAUUAAAGAGAACGGUAAUCCUCUGCAGCCCAUCAUUGAUGCCAUCGACACGGUGGAGCAUAGUGAAACCUGGAAGAAUGUCAAUAAAUAUGCCUCAAAGACGAGAGAAGCCAUAAUGGAGGGUUACGAUGAAUUGGGCCAUCGAUUGGAUUCCCUGAAGGAUGGCCUGAAGGAUUUGGGCAAGAAAUUCAAUAUCUAAGAAUACUCCAUCGCAUUUUUAUUACAAAUACGAAGAUAUCAAUUAGAAUCUAUAACCCAUUUUCAUAUCGAAAACAUUAUUUAAUCAUCAGAUCAUCAUAAUAUUUGUGAAAUUUUAUACAUUUUGAAUAUCGAAAGAAAUCAGUGUCCCAUGAAUCAUAUAUUUUGAAUACGUCACACCUCCAUAUAUAUUCUUUAAACCGCUGCCUUUCACUUCAAUAAAUUUUGAAUAAAUAA